AUGGCGGCCCGUCGCUCCCUUGCCCGGGCAAUCCCCGCUCUCCACACGGCUUCUCCCCGCACUGUUCUCAGAUCCAGGCCCGCAGUAACAGCCGCAACUGCAACAUCACAUGUCUCCUCGUCCUCCUCACGAGCUCCUGCCCUCAUCGCCUCCCGUCAACUCCAUGCAACUGCUCGCCAGCUGGUUGCUGCGACCACUUCUGCUGCCUCUACCCCCACUAACUAUCCUACCACGCACGAGCGCAUUGAGAACCCACUGGACACUACCAACUUCAUCGAUAAUGAGUUUGUGCCUUCCAAGGCGACCACCUGGAUUGACGUGCAUGACCCAGCCACGAAUAAUCUGGUGACCCGCGUUCCUCAGAGCACUGACGAGGAGCUGCGUGCCGCCGUCGAGUCCGCAGAGAAGGCCUUCCCCGCAUGGCGGGCAACCAGCAUCAUCACCAGGCAGCAGAUACUCUUCAAGUUCGUCCAGCUCAUUCGCGCCCAUUGGGACCGUCUAGCUGCUUCGAUUACCCUGGAACAGGGUAAAACCUUUGCAGAUGCCAAGGGCGAUGUGCUUCGCGGCUUACAGGUCGCCGAGACCGCCUGUGGCAUCACCACCCAGAUCACGGGUGAGGUCCUCGAAGUGGCCAAGGACAUGGAGACUCGAAGCUAUCGAGAGCCGUUGGGUGUGGUUGCAGCCAUUUGCCCUUUCAAUUUCCCUGCCAUGAUCCCUCUGUGGUGUAUUCCGAUUGCUACCGUUACCGGAAACUGUAUCAUUGUCAAGCCUUCUGAGCGUGACCCGGGAGCUGCUAUGAUCCUCGCAGAACUGGCCCGGGAAGCAGGCUUCCCGCCCGGUGUGAUCAACAUCAUCCACGGAACAACCAAGACGGUAGACUUUCUCCUCGACGAGCCCGCCAUCAAGGCCAUCAGCUUUGUCGGCGGUAACCGCGCUGGUGAAUACAUCUACACUCGUGCCUCCGCCAACGGCAAGCGGGUGCAGGCCAACCUGGGAGCCAAGAACCAUGCUGCUCUCCUGCCGGACAGCAACAAGAACCACGCUCUGAAUGCAAUUGCUGGGGCUGCCUUUGGCGCGGCCGGUCAGCGAUGCAUGGCUCUCAGCACGCUGGUCACGGUGGGGGAGACCGAGGAAUGGCUGCCAGAGCUCGCGGAACGAGCGAAGAAGCUCAAGGUGACUGGAGGGUUUGAAGAGGGUGCCGAUCUUGGUCCUGUCAUCAGCCCGCAGAGCAAGAAGCGGAUCGAGGAUAUCAUCGCUAGCGCGGAGAAGGAAGGGGCCAAGAUCCUCCUUGAUGGACGUGGAUACAAGCCGGAGAAGUAUCCUAAUGGCAACUUUGUCGCUCCCACCAUCAUCACCAACGUCACCCCGGAGAUGACAUGUUACAAGGAGGAGAUUUUUGGGCCCGUGCUGGUCUGCCUGAACGUCCCCACGCUUGACGACGCCAUCGCGCUCAUCAACAGGAACCCGUACGGCAACGGCGCCGCGAUCUUCACCCGCUCCGGCUCCAGCGCGGCGCGGUUCCAGAAGGACAUCGAGGCGGGCCAGGUGGGCAUCAACGUGCCCAUCCCCGUGCCGCUGCCCAUGUUCUCCUUCACCGGUAACAAGAAGAGUGUCGCUGGUGGCGGUGCCAACACCUUCUACGGCAAGCCCGGUCUGCAGUUCUACACGCAGCAGAAGACGGUGACGAGUCUCUGGCGCAGCGAGGACGCCACUCACAGCAAAGCUAGCGUCGUUAUGCCGACGCAGUCGUAA